CGGUUGGGGUACUGGGCGGGGAUCGGCCGAGGGCGCGGGGCUCCGGGGCUCCGGGCUCGCCCCCGCCGCUCGGGGCAGGCGCGCCGAUGGCGUUUCUGAGGUGACGUCGUCCACACCGGCCUUCUCCGGAGGCGGAGGAAACACCUAUGAACCCUCCGGCAGCCUUCCUUGCCGAGCGCCAGAACAUUGGGUCAGAAGUUGAGAUUUCCACUAUUGAGAAACAACGGAAGGAGCUGCAGUUGCUCAUUGGAGAAUUGAAAGAUCGAGAUAAAGAGCUCAAUGACAUGGUUGCAGUGCACCAGCAACAGCUUCUUUCAUGGGAAGAGGAUCGGCAGAAAGUGUUGACAUUGGAAGAACGUUGCAGCAAAUUAGAAGGUGAACUACAUAAAAGAACUGAAAUAAUCAGGUCACUCACGAAGAAGGUAAAAACUCUUGAAUCCAAUCAAAUGGAAUGCCAAACAGCUCUCCAAAAGACCCAACUACAGCUUCAGGAAAUGGCUCAAAAGGCAACGCAUUCUUCUCUUCUCUCUGAAGACCUUGAGGCUAGAAACGAAACUCUCAGCAACACGUUAGUGGAACUUUCUGCUCAGGUAGGACAGCUACAAGCUCGAGAACAAGCUCUCACGACAAUGAUAAAGCUAAAGGACAAAGAUAUUAUUGAGGCAGUUAAUCACAUUGCAGACUGUUCGGGUAAAUUUAAAUUGCUAGAGCAUGCCCUACGUGACGCCAGGAUGGCGGAGACUUGUAUUGUGAAAGAAAAGCAAGAUUAUAAGCAGAAAUUGAAGGCACUUAAGAUUGAAGUCAACAAACUAAAAGAGGACCUCAACGAAAAGACAACAGAAAAUAACGAGCAACGGGAAGAGAUCAUUCGCCUCAAGCAAGAGAAAAGUUGCCUGCAUGAUGAAUUGCUUUUUACUGUAGAGAGAGAAAAGAGGAAAGAUGAAUUGCUUAAUAUUGCAAAGUCAAAGCAAGAACGCACAAAUUCAGAACUGCACAAUCUGAGACAGAUUUAUGUGAAACAGCAGAGUGAUCUGCAGUUUCUUAAUUUCAAUGUGGAAAAUUCUCAGGAAUUAAUACAGAUGUAUGACUCAAAGAUGGAGGAAUCAAAGGCCCUGGACUCCAGCAGAGACAUGUGUUUAUCAGACCUUGAAAAUAACCACCCAAAAGUCGAUAUUAAGAGGGAAAAAAAUCAGAAAUCACUGUUUAAGGACCAGAAAUUUGAAGCCAUGUUGGUUCAGCAAAAUAGGUCAGACAAGAGCUCUUGUGAUGAAUGCAAAGAGAAGAAACAACAGAUCAAUACUGUGUUUGGGGAGAAAAGUGUAAUUACGCUGUCAUCCAUAUUUACCAAAGACUUAGUAGAGAAACGCAAAUCUUGGUCUCUGGGAGGAAAAACCCAGAUUGAACCCGAAAACAAAAUUACAUUGUGCAAGAUCCAUGCAAAAUCACCAAAAUGUCAUGACACUGGGGUUCAGAACGAAGGAAAACAACCCUCAGAAACACCCACUUUAUCUGAUGAGAAGCAGUGGCACGAUGUCAGUGUUUACCUGGGCCUGACCAACUGUCCAAGUUCAAAACAUCCAGAAAAGCUGGAUGUAGAAUGUCAAGAUCAGAUGGAAAGGUCCGAAAUCUCAUGCUGCCAGAGAAAUGAAGCCUGUCUGGGCAAAAGUGGCAUGUGUGACUCCAAGUGCUGCCACCCGAGUAACUUCAUAAUUGAAGCCCCAGGCCACAUGUCCGACGUGGAGUGGAUGAGUAUUUUCAAGCCUUCCAAAAUGCAGAGAAUUGUCCGCCUCAAAUCUGGGUGCACCUGUUCAGAAAGCAUCCGUGGGACACAACAUGACUCCCCGGCAAGUGAGCUAAUUGCCAUCCAAGAUUCCCACUCUUUGGGUUCUUCAAAAUCUGCCUUGAGAGAAGAUGAGACAGAGUCCUCUUCCGAUAAAAAGAACUCACCUAAGAGUUUGUUAAUCUACAAAGAUGCACCAGCAUUCAAUGAAAAGGCUUCAAUUGUGUUACCCUCCCAGGAUGAUUUCUCGCCCACCAGCAAGCUCCAGCGUUUGCUGGCAGAAUCUCGUCAGAUGGUGACGGACCUGGAGCUGAGCACGCUGCUGCCCAUCAGCCAUGAGAAUCUCACUGACAGUGCCACAAAUAAGUCAGAGGUCCCAGAAGAGUCAGCUCAAAAAAAUACCUUUGUCAGUUAUUGAAGGAAACAAAAGGCAACUUCAGUAUUCAUCGUGAUCACGA